CAAAAGUGUCAAAGAGGGUCAAGUAAGUUAAUAAAGAGUAAAGAUGGCAACUAAACAAGAAUCAUUCAUAAGCCAACACCUUCUCACAGAUUCCACUCUUCAUGAAACUGACCCAUUUCUCUUUAUCAACCAAGUUCAAGACUUUCAAUUACAAACAAGCCCAAGAACCAUCAACAACCAGACCCAUAAACCGAACUCCACUCUUAACCGUCGUAAACCGCCUUUACCGAACCUAUCCAUUUCAAGAACGGUCUCAAGUACGUUAAAGAAGACAGAAGAGGAUAGACACUACAGGGGAGUAAGGAGGAGGCCAUGGGGAAAAUACGCGGCGGAGAUUAGGGAUCCGAACAAGAAAGGCUCUAGGAUAUGGCUUGGGACUUACGACACCGCCGUGGAAGCUGCAAGAGCUUACGACCAAGCGGCGUUUCAGUUGCGUGGGAGAAAAGCAAUCUUGAACUUCCCUCUUGAUGUUAGGGCUACGUCAGAGAGUUUUCUUGAGGAAGGGGUCAUCGGGAAACGGAAGAGGGUUAAGAACUCUCCGGAGGUGGGGGAGGAUGAGGAGGCAGUAGCUGUUAGGGUGAAACUUGAGGAACAAGAAAGAGAGUCUGAGGUUGAAGCAGUACCUUUGACGCCGUCAAGUUGGAUGGGGUUUUGGGAUGUGGGGGCAGGAGAUGGGAUCUUCAGUGUUCCUCCGUUAUCUCCGACGUCUCCCAACUUCUCCGUUAUCUCCGUCACUUGA